AUGCUGCGUGUCUGCAGUAUUGCAGGGGAAGAGCUGGCUUCCGUGAGCACUCAGGAGGUUAAACACAUCAGCGCAUUGAAGCACAUGCUGAGGAGGCUGCAUGGUUUUCCUCUCUGCAUGCAACGGCUUCUAUCUGAUAAUGGCAGCAUUUUGAAUGAUUCCUUGAAGCUGGAGGGCGACGCUGAGAUACAGCUGGUGUUGCUAUCCCUCUCCACGGGCAACCUUUGCAAUGAAGCUGCGCUGGAGCUCAUCUCUUGCGCCUCAGAACCCGGUCACCUAAAGACAGCGCGAAUGUUGUUGGAGGCUGGUGUUAACAAGGACAUAUGCCGUCAGCGCGGCAAAACAGUUCUCAUGCAUGCGGCGCAAAACGGCCAGCUGGAGAUUGCUCAAUUGCUAGUUGAAGCCAGUGCUGACAUUGACGCGCGAGAUUGGGCCCGCGAGACAGCUCUCAUGUACGCUUGUGACAGUGGACAUGUGGAGAUUGUUCGGUUGCUUUUGGAAGCUGGUGCGGACAACGACCUGUCUGAUCUGAAUGGCAAUACAGCUUUAGUGCACGCAUCUGCAAGAGGACAUGCGGAGAUCUCACGUUUGCUCAUGCCUAGAAGAAAAUUCAAGGUCAUCUAG